ACUCGUUUCUUCUUAUAUUCUCAAACCAUAAUCAAUAAACAUACUCACCAUUAUCAGAAGAGAAUGUCUUCUUCACGUGUAAACCUAGCAAAGUCAGUUAUUCCACUGAAGGAGAUCCGCUUGGCCACCCAAGACUUUAGUUCAGAAACUCGGAUCGGACGUGCUGAAUUUGCUAGUGUCUAUAGAGGAAAACUUUCUAACCGCUGGCAAAACCAAACAGCUGCCUUCAGACGCUUAUAUCCAAGUAAUUUCAAAGGACAUGAUGGGUUCCGUAAUGACCUUGAGAUGAUUUCGAGCUUCAACCAUGAAAAUAUCAUCCCUUUCAUUGGCUACUGUGUUGAAAAUAAGGAGAUGAUUAUAGCUUUUGGAUACGCUAUUAAUGGAAGCCUUCAAGAUCAUUUCCAAGACCCCAAUAAAAGACGUUGCCUAACAUGGGAACAACGCCUAAAGAUCUGCAUAGGAGCAGCAAAAGGGCUCGAGUACCUGCACUCGGGUGCUGGAGAGAGCCGAAGAAUAAUACACAAAAACAUCAAAGCAACAAACAUAUUGUUGGAUGAUAAUUUGGAAGCCAAAAUAUGUGAUUUUGGUUUUAGAUCAAGGCCACUUACCAUAGAUACAACUUAUGUCGGUAACAGCUUUUACAUGGACCCCAAUUAUUUUGAAAUUGGAAACCUCACGGAAGAAUCAGACGUAUACUCGUUUGGCGUGCUACUUUUUGAAACACUGAGUGGGAUGCUGGCUAAUGAUACAAGGAGCAUUGAAGAUCGUAAGCCACAAACUCUCAUGAAUUUGGUCCGGCGCCACUAUGAGGAUGGGUUGGACCAGAUAAUUGAUCCGUUUAUAAGAAGUCAAAUUGAUAGUCGUUCUUUCAAUACGUUUAAGAAAGUUGCAUAUCAAUGUAUUAGUUUCAAAUCAAAGGAUCGCCCUAAGAUGGAUACCAUCAUCAAGAGGAUCAAGGAAGCAUUGGAUAUCCAAUCACAAAAACACGGAGCUGCUUUAACCAUUACCAUACGAAUGAACCGAUAUCAAAACCUGGAGAGGUGUCUAAUCCCACUGAAGGAGGUCAACUUGGCCACAGGGUACAAGAGUCCAGAAACUCGUGUAGGAGUCGGUGGAUCUGGUGUGGUCUACAAAGGAUCAUCAAGAGGAUUGAAGAAGCACAAUAUAUUCAAAACCAUGGAGUAG